ACCACGUGAACCUUUUGUUCGCCUUUUUGUUGUUUGACGGCGCCGGAACCGGUCGCGUUACUGCGUGCGCUAUGCACUCGUACACUGUGCAAAAGAAGAUAGAGGUCGUCCAGUGGCACAGGCUGAAUGGCAAGAACGUGCAUCGGACAUCGCGUCAGUUCAAGCUUGAUCGCAAGAGAAUCCGCGAAUGGGACAAGAAGUAUGAAGUGCUUCUUCAAGAGAACUUCGGAAAGUCGAAGUUACGACGCAAGUUGGGAAACGGAGCCCCCGUUUUCAGCGAGGAAGUGGUCGACGCGCUUUUUGAAUUUCUUGAGUGCGAAAGAAGUGCUGGACGCGCCGUCAGCAACAGGCUCCUUUCUAAAGAAGCUGUGAGGCUAGCAAAAAACCUACAGCUGGGCAAUUUUGUGGCCUCCAGUAUGUAUUUAAAAAGGUGGAAGGCGCGGUUCGGUGUUUCGAUGCGGCAAGCAACUAAUGAGAGCCAAAAAGUGCCCGAGGACUGCGCGGAGGAGACGCAAGCAUUCCGUGCUGCAAUCGGCUCUCUGCGAAGUCGCCACAACCUGACUCUAUUCAACAUAGCGAAUAUGGAUCAAACAAUUGUCCGAAUGGACACUCCGGCAAACCGGACCAACAACCUCGUGGGAGAAAGUACUGUCCGGAUUACAAACACCGGCUGUGCCAGGCGGGGUUUAACGGUUGCCUUAGCAGCCUGCGGCUCUGGUCACAAGCUCCCGGCGUUUAUCAUCUUGAAGGAGCCGAGCGGAAAAAUUCAAGCGAGGGCCUUCAUGAGCCUUCGUGUACCAGCGAAUUGCCGCGUGACCGCUUCUAAAAAUGGCUGGAUGACUUCGGAGAAGUUCAAGGAGUGGCUGACCAAGGUGCCAGCCAGUUGCACCAGCCUUCUUCAACCUGCCGACGUCUUUUGGAACAAGCCGUUUAAGGCCAAUCUUCGGAGAACCUGGGAGGCCUUUAUGCGGAAGGGAGAGAAAACGCCGAAGGGAAACCUGCGGAAACCAUCACAGCAGGAUGUGCUGGACUUUGUGGCUGAGGCGUGGGCUGUUGUCCCAGAGGAAACCGUAGAGCGCUCGUUCAAGGGCUGCGGCAUUACGAACGCGCUCGACGGGUCCGAGGACGGUGAGCUGCACGAUCAGCUCGCUGACAUCGGCGCCGUGGUCCCGGAAGACCGCGACGAGCUGAAGGAUGAGUGUGUGGACCUGGUUUUUGGGUCAGACUCUGAGGAAUCCUUCGAUGGUUUCGACAGCGAAUAAAAGGAUAAAGUUCGCAAGGAAACUGUCUACGGAAAUCAUUUUUGCUAAGACUGCAGUCUACAUUGCAUACUUUUAGUG